AUGAGUUCUUCAAUCGAACAACUCCUUGCAAGUCUUCACAGAGGUGACCAAUCAGAAGCUUUAUUAGAGAAGGCUGCCGCAAACAUUGCUGAGCUCUCUAAACACAAUGAACUUUACGAACUUCCUUUCGGAGUUUUCCAAAAAAUCAUUGCAAAGACAUCAAUCAUGCCAGUAUUUACAAUCAACAAGAUCCUUACAGCUGCUUUAAUGUCAUACAAAUCUCUUGCUUACUGUUUAAUUCCUCUCAUAAACUGUGGUCAUAUUGGACAACACCAAGCAAUGAUGGCUCUUGCAUCCCUCAGCGAUGCACCUUUACUCCAUGAAAUCUGUACACAGCAAGCCGCCCCACCACCACCAAAGCCUACCUCUCCUUCAAAAGAUGAAGUUCGCCGUGCUCCUAUUCUCAAGAACUCAGCCAAUGUUCAGGAGAUCGCUAAGCGUGCUGAACAGAAACUCAGUUUCAUCCAUUACUGCGAAGUUGGAAAGGUAGAAAUCAUCAAAGACUUGUUAUCUAAGAAUCCAGGUCUUAUUAACGAACGUAAUGACUACGGUGAUUAUCCAAUCCACAAGGCUGUCUGGAAUGACCACCCAGAUGUUGUCAAAGUCCUUCUUGACUACAAAUCAGAUCCAAAUGCUAUGGAUAACAAUAAAUCUACACCGCUUAUCAAAGCAUGCGCUAGAACUAGCUAUAGUUGCGCUAAAAUGUUGCUCGAUGCCGGUGCAGAUCCAGAUCAUAUCUCAAAACUCGGAUCUUCUGCACUUCUCAUUGCCGUUAGCAAAGGAGCUACAAAGAUCGUCAAGGAACUUCUCGAUCACAAUGCAAAUCCUGACGUAAUGGGUAAAUAUCAGGAUACAGCACUUCACAUCGCUGCUCAACAUGGUUUUACUGACAUUGCUCAGCUUCUUGUUGAUGCUGGUGCAAACGUAUUGUUAAAGAACAACCGUAAUCAGCUUGCUGUUGAUCUUGCCUCAAAACAGGCAAUUAAAGACAUGCUGCAAGAAUAA